AUGAGUGAACAAUACCAUACUGGCCAGCCAACCUAUCCUAUGUACGUCGUUGAUCCAGAGACACGCACAAUGGCUCUUCCCGGCCGGCCCUCUAGACCAAACAAGCUCGAGAAGUUAUAUCGGACCGCUUGUUGUGGUUCAGCAGCUGGUAUCUUGCUCUGGAUUCUUGCCCUUUUAAUGGUAGUCUUUGUGCCUGUCGGGGUUAUUCUGGCGCGAAACAACAGCCAAAGCCCAUCAACACAGCAGACUUUGCCUACCAGUCCCUCGGUAGUAACAAUGUCGGUCACCUUGUCUGCCGCUAACGUCAGCCCUAUCUCUACGGUGACAGAGACUACAACAGAAGUUACGACAGAGACUACGACCAGCAUCUCUACCCUGACAUCAGUCAUCACCACGGUAUCUGUUUCACUUCUUACCUACAGCCCGCCCUCUACCGCUACGGUUGUGGUUACAUCGGCAGUAACCACCACCAAUACGGCCACAUCGGUGUCGACAGUGACUGGCAGCACAACCAUCAGCACCACAAUCAGCUCGACGCUGACAUCAACACUGACAUCAAUGGUCACUUCCAACGUCUCAACUAAAGAGAGUAAGUACCUUCGCAUCCCUUCCUCGUCCCGCAUGAAAGUUUGUUCCUUUUUUCAAUUUUGGUCUUCACUUGCUCUGCACGUCGUCAACAUGCAUAAUUUACGGUUCAAUCACCAUCGGAAGUGGGAUCCAGCUCGUGAUCCGAUAUGA